AUGUCUCGCCCUCAGGUCAGCAUCGACCGGCUAAUGCCUCGCCGCGCGACAAUCGAACCGCGCGAGGCAAUGAACUGCAAAUCUUGUCGCAAACGAAAGAUCAAAUGUAAUCGUCUGCGACCCAGCUGCGAGGCCUGCAAGGUCUUUCAGUGUGCCUGCGUUUAUGAUGCCAUCCCGAAAAAACGCGGCCCCAAGACAGAUGUACUGGAGGCCCUACUCAAACGCGUCGAUGGCCUGGAAAAAAGGCUCCAGGAUGAGAAGAACCCCAUCUCGCCUACAUCUCCGGACAAGAAACCCGAGGAACUCCCGCCAAGCCAGCCAAAUGGCCGUCGCAACACCAUUGAUGCCUCGGCUUUCUCGCCAUACACACCCGGGGACUCGCGACCGUCAAUAUCCACCCCUAUAUCGCAGACAGAGCAGUUCCCGAGACCGGGAGGACAUGGCUCGUCGCUUAGCUUUUCUCAGCCACCUCAGAAUCAGAAUGGCGUUUUAUCUGAAAUGCUGUUGGAUGCGUACUUUACGCGAUUACAUGGGAAGCCGUUUUUUAUCCUGGAUGAGCCUAGUACGCGACAGCGCCACCAAUUAAAUCAACUCGCGCCGCAUUUGUCUAUGGCUAUCUUGGCCAUGACGUUGAGGUAUACACACACGAUUGGUCAACCGGAACAGCCCUUACACGUGGGCUUGGACGCUGCUUUACAAGCGCGUCGUAUGGUGGAUGUUGAUAACCCGACAGUGGAAGCCUUGCAGACCCUGCUCCUAUUAUCACAGGCUUUCUUUGCUUAUGGAUUGGGAAAGAAGGCAUACAUGACAUUUACAAGCUGCGUGGCUAUGGUAGUGGCGUUAGAUUUGCUCCGGGAAGUGCCAUCUAAAGCCAGCCUAUCGCCUCAGGAGCGCGAGAUGAGGCGCCGACUAUUUUGGGCAGUAUAUCUCAUGGAUCGCUUUAUUGUUUGUGGAUCACGUCGUCCGUGCCUCAUCGCAGACCACUCUAUCGUUCUACGUCUUCCUUCGUGGUCUCCUCAUGCGGCGGGUCUCAACAUGGAAGGGGAUUUAUUCCAUGUUGGUCCCAACAUUCAAUACUCUGCGGAUUCGCGCCGAAAAUCUCCGAGUGCUGCGUCGUUGCUAAUUGACAUUACCCGAAUCUUGGGCGUGACGAACCGGUAUUUAGCUGCCGGUGGAGUCAAGGGAGACUCCCAUUUCCCUUGGCAUGCGCUUUCGAACCUGUCCAAGAUUCGACAGGAGUUGGACAUCUGGGCGGCAGGGACACAGGAUGUAUUUGCCUCGAUUGAGACAUUAUUUGGCCACCGUGAGAGCACCACGCUACUGCUCAGCAAGUUGAUUUAUCAUCUUGUCCACUGUCUGCUAUAUCGUCCAUUCUUGCCUAUCGACUUAGUGGAGCUAAGAGGGACGGGUCAGCACCAGUCAUGGCAGAUCGAGGCCACGAACUUAUGUUUCUCCCACUCGAACGCCAUUGCCGAGCUCGUGGAAUUAGGUCGCAAUUCUCCACUUGUCGAGUGGCCUGCCUUUGUUGGCUACUGUGUGUGUACGGCGGGUACUGUCCAUGUUCAUGGUGUGCACUACAAAGGCCGUGAAGGGGAGGUCUUCUCUUCUAGUGCCGAGUUUUUGACUCGUGAGAUGCACCAAUUGACCUGGCUACGAACUGCUUGGGCGGGUGUACAACAUCAACGCGAGCUACUUCAAACUAUCUAUACCUGCCACGCCGAGUUGGUCCGCAAUCUCGCGAGUAGCCCGAUGCGCUUUUCACCUGUGUUUCACCUCGAGGAUUUCCUCGAUAGAUACCCGGGUCUGACUGUGGAUGGAGCACAUGUUCGAUUACUAGAUACCGGCGACGAACUACGCCCAGGUGCCCCGAACAUGGUCGAUCGUCAAGACUACUAUCAACGCCCAAUGGCCCCACCAUCCUUCCAAAACCCUGGAUUCUACCCUAACACGAGACCUACACCACCUCCCUUCGCAAAUCAAACCCCAGAGGCCGAAAGACACAACCCCUCAAAUUCAAUGCCAACCAAGACCCAAAAUCAACAAGCCAUCUCCCCGACCCUCCAAUUCCACCAACCAUCGCAAUCCCAGCCAUCACCCUCCCUAUCCUCAAUCUUCCCCGUCCAACCUACAGACAUGUCCCCAACAGACAACAACCACCUAGCCCUCCCCUUCUCCCCCUCAGCAUUCGGCCUCUCACCCCCAGCCUUCCUCACAGACUCAAGCCUAAUAGCCCCAACUCCACCCCAGAACCCACAAUACGCUACAUUCCCCUUCGACACUGCCGCAAAUCCAAAUGUGAAUGCAGCGACACCGGGUGCUCAAUCACAGACUUCCGGGUCGCAUACGGCUGGUAGCGAAACGGGUAGUCUGGAGAAGGAUCCCUUUCUGAGUUUGUUGGAGCAGUUGGCCGAGAAUGAGAAUUCGCAGGGUGGACCGAGUGAGCUUGAUUUCUUUUUGGGGGUUGAUCAGGAAGGGGAUAUUCCUGUUGAGGGGGAGAAAGAGCUGUGA